AUGAAUAGGACUUAGUCACAAAUAAUAUACCCUUAAGAUGCCAUGCCAAAGAAAUUGCUUGGCACUAAUAACUUUUAGUUUAAGCUAAAUUAAGUUUAUUCCUAAUUGGUGAUUCUGAAUUAGUCUUCGAUAUUAGAAGGAUCAAAGAUACCAAACAUUCCUCUUAAUUAAAUAACAUUAGAAAAUAGCAAGUCGUAGGGUAAUCUAUACACUUACCAGAAUAAUUACAACACAAGCAUUAAUCAAUCAAUGCCUCUAAAUUAAAACCUUAACAUGAGCUAAUUCAACUUGAAAGAUUCCUUAUUAAAUCCAAGCUCAACUAAAAGCAAUCAAUCGUUGUUUUAGAGCUACGAAUAUUCAGUAAAACACUUUGGAUUAUUAUGUGAUAGGACGUUUAUUGAGAAUUCAAAAGCAUUUAAGAGCUAGAAAUAUGGUGCAAAAAGAAAUCCUAGAGGAAUAAAGCUCGAGCCAUUAGAAUAGCAGCAAAUACAUAAUAUAGAUUUAAAUAAGCAUAGCAAAAUUUUAUCAAAAUAAAAGUCCUUUCUUCCUUAUUCUUAGAUUUCAGAUUGGGAUAUGAGAAUGUAUAUUAAGAAAUCUAUCGAUUACAAAGGACGCUUGAUAACAAUUUCUUUAAACAGUAUUGAGAUAGUAGCUCAAGAAUAGCUAAAAAGCUCUGAAGAGGAAAUGCAAUCAGAACAAGAAGAACAAAUUAACUAAAACUCUUAAAACAAAAAAGGCUCUAAAAAAAUUCUCAACCAUAUGCUCAAUUUCAGUAUUCUAGAAUACUUAAUUUAAUAUAAGCAAGAGCAGAUAUAAGAGUUUUUUGAAAAAUAUAUGAAGAUAGUUUCAUAUAAAUAGGAAGAUGAUUAAGAUAAUUUAAUUGAUAUACCUAGAUUAGAAUUUGAUUUUGAGCAAUUUGAGACUAACACUUAAAUCGAUUCUAAGAAUACUGAAUUUUAAAAUGAAAUUUAUCCAGAAAGUACUGAGAUUACAAGCAGCGAAAUAGAAAAUGUUGUUUAUUAAGUGAAUUAUCCUUACAUAGAAAUACUAGACUAGUAAUUGAAUUACAAAAAGCAAAUUUAUUUAUCAAGAGAGCAAUUGAGAGAGCUUUUAUUUAACAAAUUCUCUAAUUUGGAAAACUAUAUGCAAUAGUAUUAAGAGGAUAUUAAAGAAUUAUAUCCUGAAGAGUAAGAAAAAAACGAACAAGAAUAAUAAGAAUAAACUGAAGAAUAAGAAUAAAAAGAAGAGAACCAACCUGCAUCAAAACCACCCUCAUAAUAGCAAAUAGAAAAUCAAGUAUAUUUUUUAGGAUCCUAACAACCAAAAAGUGUGGAAAAUAAAAGAUAAUCAACGAAGCAAAGCCAUUAAAAUUCACAAAAUUAACUUGAAUAAAGUAGAAAUAAUUAAACUAGUGAUUUAGUUACAAACUUAGCUCGACUUUCCCUUACUCAGUUGGAAGAAAAGAAACAAAUCAGUUUCACAAUUAAAGAUUCUGAUGAGGAAAAAUCAGUCUUUGAACUUUUGGGUAAAAAAUAUUAUAAAGAACUUGUUAAUUAAGAAGAGUACAUAAUAAUAUCAUUCUUCCCAUCAAAAGUUACUCUUAAAUAAUAAAAUGUUGAAUUUGCUUAGUAAAUCACUCAUAAUUUAACAUUCUUAGAUUUUUAUGAACUUAUUGCUCUAACUACUCAUUAUGACUUGCUAAAUUAUAUAAUAAGCAAAAUAAGAUUUUCUGGUGAAAGGAAAUCGAGCAGCCAACCAAAUACAGAUGAUGAAGGCGAUAGCUUAAAGAAAAGACCUAGCUUUUUAAAGAAAGUUGACUUACAACUCCCCAAAUAUGAAUUUGAUCCUAAAAAUUUUAUAAUUUUAAAUCAAGAAAAUGAAGUAAAUGGUCUACUCAAGGAAAACCUAGGAAUAGUUACUUUAGACAACAAAAAAUAUUCAAUCAAAAUAAGUCCUCCAAUUUUCGAAAUCAACUAUUCACUAGAAAAUAGAAGAGAAGUGCAAAUUGCAACUAUACAGCAACUUAAUGAAAUAAUAAAAAGAGGUUUUAACUUUAGAUUUUAAGUUACUCCAUGA